AUCUUAUUCAAACCCUCCCAAACCCCCUGGGAAGUCACAGGCCGCAUCCCUCCCACAUUGCAGACCAGGACACCGAGGCUCACAGAAGGUCACAUGACUUGCCUGCGGUCUCCCAGCUGCUAAUCGGCAGGACUUGACUGUGAGCCGGUGCCCGUCUGACCCCUAAGCAGAUGUGUCCUCACCAACAUGGCCGGUAACUGCCCCCACCGCCCCAGCAUGCCUUCCACUCACGCCUCAUUCCUCCAUCUCCAGUCUCCUCAGGAACCCACGGCCAUGGAUUGGUGGAGGGACAAUUUCUGGAUCAUCUUAGCGGUGGCCAUCAUCAUCGUCUCUGUGGUCCUGGGCCUCAUCAUGUUCUGUGUCUGCAGGCGGCUGCUCAGACAAGGAGGGAAACUGAACAUUGCUAGACCCUUGAAUCAAAGGCAUAACGAUGAAGAAAUGAUGUAUGAGAAUGUUAUCGAUCAAUCACCAGGCCAGUUGCCCCCUCUGCCACCCAGGGGUUUGCCUUCUCAACACAGUGACUCCCCACAGGAAACCCCGAGUCAGCCACCGCCGACAUACUCAUUGGUAAAUAAAGAUAGAAAUGUGAAGACGGUUUCCAUCCCGAGCUACAUCGAGCCUGACGGGGACUAUGAUGACGUUGAAAUGCCUGCAGCUACGGACAGCCAUCAUUUUGAAACAACUGUUUCUUCUUUUUGGCAAGCUGAAAAGAGUUCGCACAGCUUAUUUUAAGACCAUCAGGAAUGGCUGAACUUCCACGUGUCAGGUCCCAGAAGCAGUGGUAACGUUGUACAGCUCUGUAAGACACACACUCUCUGAACCCUAGCGAUGAGCAUCAAAUGACUGCAGCCAGGGAAGGAUGCGGCUGCUCAGCCCUGGAGACUGAGUCAGGCCCUGAGCUUAUUGUUGAGUGAGUGUCCGCAGGAAGGACUGCUGGGCUUCAUGGCUCCCACGGGGGAAAGCUGCUCUGUUCUCGGCCCCCUUCCCUCUAUCCUUCCCUUCUUUGUAUGGGUCUAAGAUAAGGUGAGCAGAUUUUAACAUUGGUAAAGCGGGACACC